GAGCACAGGGACACGCUCAGGGCGGAACCAUGGAAAUAUAACGGAGCUUGUGCGCACAGAGGAGAAAGUUCAGACAGCGGGACGUGAAAUCUGUGGAAACUGCGCAUAAGUGACGCACAGCGCGCACCGGCGACAUGGCAGAAGCGGCUGUUGUGGACGCGGACACGGGACUGUCCCACAGUCCUCUGGUGUCUGUGUCCUUCCAGAGGAACGAGAGGAGAAAGCUCAAGUUUCUGGAGGGAGAGCCCAAGGCCCUGGGGAUCACCCAAGUCUGCCUCAUCCUCUUCCACGUGAGCUGUAUCGCCACCUUCAUGUACACUGGUGUAGACAGAUGGUAUUAUAACAUACAGGAAUUAAUUGCAUCGGUUUUUGUUUUAAUUGGAGGAAGUUUGGCCAUAGCAGCAAAAAAUCUGCAUCUUCCUACGCUCAGGGCUUGUCUGGGGAUGGAGAUUUUGUCCAGUGUGGCCUGCCUUGUCAACCUGUUCCGCAGCUCAUUGGAAAUGAGAACUCAUAAGUUUUGCUAUUCUACUCCAACACGUGAAGACGAACUGCACUGCGAGAACAAGAGUAAUGCCCAUUUGCAUCUUUUCGCUGGGUUACUGCUCGUCCACAUCGCUCUCUUUGCCAUUUCUGUCACUCUGGUGGUCUACGCCUGUAAGGUGGUCAACUGUUGCUCUCCUGCUCCAAAAGUGCCGGUGAUAAUGAUACAAGAACCUCCGGCCCCUCAGUGAGGACAGCUGGAAACAAGGCUCAUCAUUUACUCCAGUGUGACACAAAUGUCUCUCAGUACUAACAGCAUGUUUGUUAUGACACCUACAAAUAUUAUCUACACUAUUAUUACAUCUUCAGGAACAGUUUUUUGCACUUUAUGUACGCAUUUUUGUGAUUAUGUGUAACAAGAAGAAGUCUUAUCAUAUUGUGAAUUACACUUAUAAUUUAAAACUACAUAAAUCACUUAUUUGAGUUUUUAAUUGCUUGUUUGCAUUUUCUUCGUUUAUUUUUUAAUAAAUAAAAAAAUAAUAAUA